AUGAGUGCUUCAUUCCUUUCCAGAACUAUAAUCUUAUCCCGGUUCCUUAAAACAGAUAAACAGAAAAUUUCAACUUUUAUAAAUUACAAUAGACAAGUGCAUCGAACAUUGAAACCAAAGCCUUAUUCAAUUACACUAGUGGCACCAAACUCUUACUACUAUCAAAUCAAAUGGGAUCAAAAUAUGUACAGUUAUAAUUUUACAACUUUGGUUACUUAUAACGACACGUAUUCCAUUGUUCGACAGUUCAGUUCUUAUGAGUUCAUGCGAACGAUCGACAUUUUGAACUAUGGUUAUGAUGCAAAAUACGUUAAUACAGAAGAAUUUUAUAAAUCUCAGGCUGCUGAUACAGCAUUAGUUCAUGAGGAUGAAGAAAAUCCAGGCAUGAAAUUAUUUACAAUCUCAACGAUCGAGCAUUCUCAAAAUUUAACCAUAACAACGAAAAUCGAUAUAAAUCUCGAAGAAUUUUCAAACCACUUCUCGAACCAUACUCUCCUAAGUCAAAGCUACUACGCCUUCUUUGAUCAAGAGAAUCAUUCGAUAAUUUCAUCACCAACAUUUAAUAAUUCUUUACUUUCCUCUCCAACGUAUGGAAAUGACACAAUUAUCAACAAAGUCAAUGAACUUGAUCAUAGGUAUUCAUUAUCUACUGUUAUAAGCAAUGGAAAUACAAAUAUCAUUUCAAUUAUUCCUCUUCGCAUUACAUAUUCGAUUUUCCACCAUCUUGUUGUUAUAUGUGACUUCACGCAACUCAUCAGCUCUUCUCUUUGGGAAACUUCCAAAGUUUUCUUGAUUUAUUUGAGUGUUGCAGGAUUUUUGACUUUGUUGUGCAUUAUUUUACUUCUCAGAGCAUUGAACAGGAAAAACAAGAAGUUAAUAUCAAUAAAUAACAGUAUGGAAUCGUAUUUGGUCAAUGAUGCCGGAAUUUUGUUCAAAGUUAUCCAGAAAAUCCGUAAUUUAGAGCUCAACCAUCCCGAUGAGACAAUAAUGAACAGAAUUCUUGAUGGUGUCGUUCAAAAAAUCGCAGUUCAUAACGUGCAUCCUUACAUAUGCAAGAACCACUGCAAAUUCUGCAACGAGUUGGUCAAUUCCAAGGAGUACAUCAACAUGGAGUCCCUUCCAAACUAUUACGCGACAUGGAAAGAUAUAAUUGGGUCCCAAAUCGCGACGUACAAGAACAUUGGUGAUCUAAAGUUCCGUUGGAAGCUACACCAGAGCCAUCCGGUCAAGUAUCUCGUUCAAUUAUUUGCGGCCAUUCUUGUCAAAGAAGAUUUACUAAUUCCGCAGAUAGAUCCGAACUGUUUGAUUGAGAUGGUGAAGUUCUACGCAGAAAACUUCUGCAAAGAUCCUUCAAUUACCGCAUUACAAUUAAAUGCGUUCUACAACAUCAUCCAUACACAAUUUAAAUACUGGGUAACCAACAAAGUCGAUCUGUUACUUGCUUAUAUCGCUGCUUUGUUCUUUUUACCUGAUUACGACAAAUUGGCCAAAUAUUCUUAUGAUAACCAGUUUUAUACUACACAGCCUAUCUUCGAAGAUGAUUUGAUAACUGUUACGAAGGUGUUUGGCCAUCCAAUUUGCGUUUCUUUCAUGGAUCGUGUUGAAAUUUUGGAAUUUAUUACUAGAUAUAUUCCAUCAUGGUCAUUGGAUACAGAUUUUGCUAAGUAUUGUACUUCUACGAUACUUACCUUGCUAGAAUCCCAAUUUGUCUGGAAUGAUAUUUCAUCAUUUGGAGCUUUGAGGAUUUUGAUCGAAUCUCCUUAUUUCUCACCAAUGGAAGAAAGCAAAGAUCGAGAAACUCUCUUGUUAUUCCUUCUUUGUUAUGCAAAAAUGGCUCCAUUUUAUUCUCCGGCCAAAAUAUCAGAUGAAGUUGCCAUAAAAUUCCUCGAAUGCCACGGAAUUGAUACAACAGACCAAAUUCUCAUCACAAACUUCUGUAUUGAAGUUGUUCGGAACAUUGUUGUUCCAAUGACCAAUAAUUUGACCAAAUUCGUGCCUCUUGACAUACACGAUAAGAACAGCAAGGCAAUUAUUGAGCAUUGGACUCAUAAACUUAAAUUCAUUUCUGCAACUGUAGAAGAUGAAUAA